UUGUUUUAUAAAUUUAUUAUUACUGUAUUAUUAUUAAGUAUUAACAAAAUGACUGCAAAUCGUCCGCCAAAUAAUAUAGAGUUUGCCAAACAAUUAGCAAAACGUCUUUACAGUAUUGAUACCAAUGUUAUUAAAGAGUUGAACAGUUAUAAUGACCGCAAUUAUCAUUUAAUAACAAACCAAUCAUCAAAAGAGUUUAUAUUGAAAAUUACUAAUAAAGUUGAGGCCAAACACAAGGAUGAAAUAGAUGCCAUCAACGCAUUUAUAUUACAUUUACAUAACAAAGGUUUCAAAGUGACAGUUCCUGUUAUCAAUACAAAUGGUGACUAUAUAUCGUAUGAAGACAUACCAACUGAUGGUGAGUUGGAUCAAAUCAAUGGACAAAAACCAUAUGCUGUUAGACUGAUGGAGUUUAUACCGGGAAAACCACUCCGAUAUGUACCGUUCACACCAUCAUUAUUGACUGAAUGCGGACUAAUGUUGGCAAAGAUGACAAUUGCACUCAAAGAUUUUGAAGCGCCGGCUCUCAAGAGUCGUAAAUUUCCGUACGGAGUGUUGAGGGCAUUGAAUAUUAGAAAAUACUUAAUAGAUGUCCAGGAAGUAGACAAAAGACAACUCAUCAAUGAAUGUUUGGAUCAAUUCAAUGAAUCGGUUUUAUCGAUAGUACAUGAACUGAGACACACAUACAUUCACGACGAUUAUAAUGAAUUUAAUAUAAUUGUUGGUAAAGAUAGUGAGCACAGGGAUGAUGAAUAUCAUAUGACAGGACUUAUCGAUUUUGGUGAUGUCGAGUACGGGCCCAGGGUUUUUGAUUUAGCCGUAUAUCUGGCCCAUUCAAUGCUUUGGUUUACGGCCGGACCACAGAUAUUGGCGCCCGGUUUUGGCAUAAAAGGCUAUACACAGCUCAUAGAGAUGGACAGCAAUGAACUGGAUGUGCUCUAUUACUCUAUAAAAGCGCGUUUAUGCCAAUCACUGGUCAACGGCGUUCAUACCAUCCGUUUGGAUCCAAGCAAUACAUAUGUAUUUUCAUCCCAAGAGACCGGUUGGUCAGCGCUCAGAGCACUACAUGAGUGUCAACCAAAAGAUUUAAUUAAAAAAUGUUUAAAAAUUCUUGAAUAUAACCUUGAAUUAUAA